AUGGCAAAUCCAUCACAUUCUGCUCCGCAAGGUCCUUCACAGUCUACAUCGCAAGGUCCUUCACAAUCUAUAUCUAAAUCUAAGACGAGAGGACCCACAACUUGCAAGAAAAUGCUCAAAAAGAAAAAGGUAGAUGAAGUUAUUACAGUUGAGUUUGAUGAGAAUGAUAAAGCAAUCGGUGAAUAUGGAAAGCAAUUCAAGUCUUAUAUUGGCACAUCAGUUCGAUGUCAUGUAGACAUUAAUAUAUCCGAUUGGCAUAAAGUUGAACAAGGACUGAAGGAUACCAUUUGGGAUGAGGUUAAGAGAGAGUUUAACAUUCAAAAUGAUGAGAAGAAGGAGAUAGUUCUCAAAGCUGCUGGGAAGAGGUGGAAAGAUUUCAAGAAUAGAUUAGUACGUGAAUAUAUAAACAAGAAGCAUCCAAGAUAUGCAUCUCCCACAGAGUUAUAUGAAUAUUUGAAUGAUGAACAAUGGGAGAGAUUUGUAGCUAGUCACACUACGGAGGAGUUCAAGGAAAAAAGUAAAAAGGCAAGGGAAAAACAAUUGCUCAAUGAACAUCCACAUUAUUUAGGGAAUGUUGGAUAUGCAGGGAAAAGGCCAGGGUGGCUUAUAUCUGAUCCCUUAUCUUCUCAGUCCUCAUGUGCCUCUAUUAGCUCGGCCCUUACAUCAAAUGAUCGUAGUCUUGAUUGGGUUCGAGCACGAUCGAAGAAAGGGGAUGAUGGAAAUUUUUAUAUCCCCAACGAGAAAACAGUGAGCGUGGUUGAGAAAAUUGUUGAAAAGGUCGAAGAACUAGGUCAGGGGUCAUUUCAAGCAAGUAGACAACAUGAUGUAUUGUCUACCGUUCUUUAUAAGAAGAAGGGAGAUCUCUCUGGUUAUGUUAGAGGUGUUGGCAGUUACCUUAAUGUAAGGAAAGUUUUUGGCAAACCAGAGAAGGCUCGGGAAAGAGUGAGUGGAGUGGUAUCGGUGGAUGACGUUAGAGAGAUUAUCAAGAAAGAUUUGUACUCAGAUAUUGCCGAGAAAGUUAGGCUGGACAUUACUAAACAAGUAAGACAAGAUACACUGCUAGAGGUGCAACAUGAGAUUGAUAUGUUGAAAUAUCAACUUAGUCUUGUGAUGAAAAGCAUGCCACAACAGUUCCCCCAACAAUUUUCUAAUGAUUUUAGGAGAUCAGCGGUGGGUACACCUCAGAGCGUCCAUAUGCCUACUGAACCACUACUUAAUACCCGUAGUAGUUGUCAUUCAGUUGAUUCAUAUCCAUUUGGCAUGCUUCAGAGUCCAAUUCCAUGUCGCUUAGCCGUAUUAUGUGACAUUGGAGAUUCAACUACGGAGGUUGUUGCAAGCGGGACACUUUAUCCUAGUGGACCUGACACUAUGGUGCAUAGUCAACCAUUACUAUCGCUUCAUGUAAAAGUUUCGGUUGAUAUGCUUCUUCCAAGUGCAACAACAACACUUAGCAUACCUGUACCAACAAGUUUUCAUACAACAUUGGCAGAAAUUGUUGGAUCAUUUGCACAAUGGCCUUUACAUUUAGUCAAUAUUGAAGAGGAAGAAAUAAUCAAAAAUUCAGCAAUUAAUAAAAAUAAAGGCAACAAGCAAAGCGAGGAACAAUGUGACAUACUUGGAUUAUUUUGA